AGGUGAAUCGAGAAAUACAUUUAAAUCUCGAAGACACAGAACUAUCAGGAAAAUUUCCUGGCAAGCUUCUUCUGCUGGCGAGCCUAAAAUUUGCUGCCAGCAUCGCCUCUGCUGCACAAUGUCUUCCAAACUCCCGGCAGAUCAAGAAUGCGAAUCAAUGCUAGGCUCACACUUCCCUCAAUCAAUAUCGCAUGAGGUUACUUCACACUAUGAUGCAAAAUAUACACAUAAGACGUCCGGAUUUCGUUCAACAACACCCACAGCGGCGGGAGCCACAUCAGAUAUUGGUGUAAUAGCAAAGUCUAACCUUGGGGACAACGACAUUCGGGAAGGACUUGGAAGUCUGAAUCGUUGGUCUCAGUCGACGAUAUCUAGCAGAGAUUCGUCAACAUUUCACCGUCGAGGUUCGUCCAGAGUGUUUUUCACAAGCAACGAAUUAUUGAAUGAUCCAAUGAGUCCAAACGGAAAGUCGGAAUCGAAACCUUCACACGCACCAAUUGUACGUACAGAUUCCGGGCAUCUUCAUCGCCAUCAUCGUACGCAGGAAUCGGUACCUCUAAAUCGCCACGAAAACUCCGCAUCGACCGCGAGUGAGGCUGCCACAUUUACCCCAGGUGCCUCGAAUACAAUGUCUUCGCACCCCGAUACACAAUUGUUUCAGAGCACCCAGCCUCUACCUAGCUUGUUUCAGAACCCGUGGACUGAGAGAAGCAAUUUAGGGCUUGAAAACGGGAGAUUAGAACCCGAUCACUUUACUGCCCAGUAUGCCUCAGAAUCACAUAGCCCUCGUACUCAGGGCUUGGACCUACCGGUCCCGACGAAUUUGCAAUUGUCUCCCGUGAAAAGCAAGGGUCAUGAGCGGAGGAAGCGAGGCCAAUCCCAGAAAGCAAUGCUCUCAAAAGCUCUACAGAAAGCGAACACCGCCGUCCUACUCGACAACGCCGCAAAUUUUGAGGGAGCGAUGGAAGCUUACAACGAUGCUUGCCAGUUACUUCAGUCGGUAAUGGAUCGAAGCGAUGGGGGCGAAGACGAGAGGCAUAAACUUCAAGAAAUACGUGAUACCUACAUGAUUCGUGUGACCGAGCUCCAACGUAUGGACUUCUCAAUACGGAGUAUGGACAGCAAAGCCCUCCCUGAGCGGCCUCGCAGUGAAGAGUCCUACGUCGAAUACUCGUCAGUACAGGACAACAAAGGCGGAUUAUCAAUAGGCGAGGGCUCUACCGGCUCACAGCACGGCUCCGAUGCGCAGUCGGUCUCAGAAAUGGUAGGGACGAUGACUGCCGGACAGCGCUCUCCGCGGCGGCUGUCGCUGUUACCAUCCGCUUUUGAUGACGAUGCAAACCCAAUUCUUCCCAAUGAUGACUGGGCGAGUCGGGCAUUGGCACCAAAGGGGAACAAGUCCCAGCCGCAAUAUCGAUCCAACGAGUACUCCAGGGGUUCGAUAACCUACACCGAAUCUGAUCCCGAGUCUAUCACUGGUCGAUGCGCCAUCGAUGCGCCAUUGUCCGAGAUGUCGUCGUUGGGUGCUCAUGUCAAAGGUGUUCACGAAACAACGUCCUGGCUCGAUACUAUCGACGAGUCCGGUGCUUCUUCACCUUCUUCUACCCACUCAAAUUCUUCGUCUAUUUAUUUACGUCAUAGAAAAGGCGAUCAAUCAAAUUACGGUACUGAAGCUGAAUUUGAUGCAGCUCUGGAUGCAGCCGUCGAGGCCGCUUAUGAUGAGAGCCUAGAGCUGGCAGCCGAAUCCGAGGUUGACAAAAGCGAUGUUGCAGGAUUUGCCUGUAUAACUCUUCAAUUGGCGAAGCAAAUGGCCGGCGAAUCAGAGAAAGAAACAGGAACGUCUUCAACACAUAGCCAGAAGAUGCCCAAUGCCUCUGACGAGCCAUAUCUUAACGGUCACCCCAGUCUUGAACUAGGGUACUUAGAUGAUGCUGAGGAAGAGGAGCGCCUGUUAGAUGAGAUGACGAGAGGCUAUGUGAUGGAUGAUUUUGAAUUUGGCAUUCAGUCUAAAUCCGCCCUGCCCAGGCAGCCAGGCACAAGCAGCCAGUCGAGUCGGUCACGGGAUAAUGUCAGGCCAACCACUAACCCCGGAACAACGGAUAUGGAACCACAUAUCGCACCCGAAAAUAUUAUCGACACCUGCACUUCUACUGCGCCAAAUAAUGACCUCGUAAAUCAGAUGACGAAGCCGGCAUUUGGCUCAAUGGUAGGGUCAAGUGUACGAGCACGAAGGUUGUCAGGACAGCCAACAACCGAGCUGAAGAUCGAGACGAAACCUCAUUUCGACAGUCAAUUGGAUGGUUCCUUGAUGCGACCCCCAGACUCAUUCACCUUCCGCUCAGAAACGAUCUCUAGGGAUACGCCAUUGCCGGGCAUCAUCAAUCAAACAAACAAGGCAUUAGGCUCCGCUUCUGGCUUGCGUUCAAUUGUACUAUCAAAGAAGCGCAACGUAUCAGUGGGCUCUUUUACUGAAGAUAUCCUGGCAAGUGCAACAGUCGGAAGGGCCCAAGGUAGUGGCAACGUUCGGCAUACGAAACUACCUUCGCCAACUCGAUCUAUUGGUAAAGUACCGUCGGCGCCAGAUAGUCUGGGCAGAUUACAUACCGGGUUGGGACCUUUUCGGACGCGGAAUAUUUCAACGUCCGGGACAGGAGUGCCCUUCGAGUCUCCAAACACGCCAUCAGAUAAUGUUUUCCUUGUGUCAGAAGCCCAGAAAGGGCCGAUGACUGCUACUUUACCUACCCUGCCCACACCAACCGGACAUAACAUCCCUGUAACUGGCCCACCGAGCGGAGGCCUCAAUUUGUUUGACACGAACAUUCACUCUCCAACUAGUCCGGGUUCGCCAAAUGUGAUGGUUGCUGACCCCCCUCUUCCUCUGGAGCCAUGUCCUGAAUCGUUUCUCUUACGGCCAUUCUGGCUCAUGCGAUGCAUCUACCAGACAAUAGCGCAUCCUCGCGGAGGCUACAUAUCCACGAAGCUUUUCGUUCCACGAGAUGUUUGGCGCGUGAAAAAUGUGAAAUUAAGGGCAGUGGAGGAAAAAGUCUCAAGCUGUGACUUGCUGACGGCUGCAUUGCUCAAAUUGGCCCAGGUUGAUACUUAUGAUGCCGAUGCAGUAUUAGAGGAAAUGCAGUCAUUGGAGAGUGUACUUGACCAGGUGCAGAUGCUGCUAUCAAAGAAGGUCGGAAGCGAAGUUGGGGUGCAAGGGGCCAUGGCUCUUCUGAAAUCUACCCUAUCCUCCGACGAUACAGCGAAUCUUGAUGCUUUGGUAUCUAAGCCAUCGACAGGACCUAGCAAGUCCUACUUAACAUCAUGGCGCAAAUUGCGUUCUAAGAAUUCUGGCCUUGCUGUCACAACCUCAACAUCUGCCUCGAAAGAGUCAAGCAAGGAUUUCUCGACUAGUAAUACUGUCCCAAUGACUUCGGUACCUGCUUCUCAGCACAAUAGACGCAAUGUUUCGCAUUUGCAAUCCAAUGGAGCUAACAACUACAUGGGAGCCCUCGCCCGGCUUUGUGAUGCCGUUCAAGUUCUAGAUCAAAUCGCACAACAGGUUGAAGAUCCCGGUCUGAAGCAUUCUUCUCCCACCCUUGUUGGCCUUGAAUUAAGCACUCGCCAUGCCGCAGAAUUCUUUGGCUUCUACAUAUGUCGAUUUGCACUGAACGAUAUCGGAUUAAUGCUGGAUAAGUUCAUCAAAAGGGGGAGUGAGUGGGUGCUUAUCUGAACACUACUAUGCCUAAUAAUACUCUGCUUUAUUGAUCUAGCACUAUUUUCACCUCCUGGUGCAACAUUCAGACUGUCUUGUCAGUUGGUAUAAUAGACUUAUUCUGAGUAUAUUGAUACCCAAACAUAUACUAGCCAUCAAAUGCUGCUUCAAGCCAGAUGAGACUUGAGACGCCGCGGGAAAAGCUUCAGGUUUAAAUCCCCUGGUCAUACGAGACACGCCUUGCGGUAAGCAUGAGGAGUCCCUCUUGUCUUCGAGCUUCUCUUAAAGUUUGAUUGUAUCUUGGCUGAUAAGCGGCUAA